UUAUGUAGCAAAGAGAUCCGAACUGGAGAACCUCUCGCGGGAAGCUCUAGAACUUGAAGGCAACUUGAGAAAACUGGAAAAACUGGCAUCGUUGAUUCAGCAGCCCUUGGAUGCUCUUGGGUCGUCUGAUGCACCUCCAGCUUCUGAUAUUCAUGACAUUGUUGACGGG